GGAGCAGGUGUCCGCGUGUGUUGCCAUCCUGGAGAGGCUCCUGCAGGCCCUGGACCCGGUCUACGUGAUCCAGAACCUCAGAGAAGAGCUUCAGAAAGGACUUUUCCACCCCGAUGACUCCGUGAAAAUCCUCACCAUAUCCCAGGUUGGGAGGAUUGUUGAAAGUUCAGAUGCUGUUACAGAAAUUCUCAACAGUCCUGAAUUACUACGGCAAAUAAUAAAUUGCAUUGGUGGAGAGAAAAUAGCAGUGGCUAAAGAGGCCAUCAAAUCUCUCUCAAGAAUAGCACAGACCCAGGAUGGCUUAGAGGCUUUAUUUGUGAGCAGUUUGUUGAGUGACUUGAAGAAUGUCAUGGCAACAAGUGAUAUUGUUCGGUACAGAGUGUAUGAGCUAAUUGUUGAGAUUUCUUCGGUGUCAGCAGACUCGCUGAAUUACUGUGCGAACAGUGGGUUAAUAUCGGAGUUAAUUGGGGAGUUGACCGGAGAUGACAUGCUGGUCAGAGCUACGUGUAUCGAGAUGGUGACCUCGCUGGCCCAUACCCCGCACGGCCGUCAGUAUCUCGCUCAACAAGGCGUUAUCGACAAAAUUUCGAACAUCAUCGUUGGGGCAGAGUCUGAUCCUUUCUCAGGCUUCUAUUUACCAGGCUUUGUUAAAUUUUUUGGAAACCUGGCUGUUGUAGACAGCCCGCAGCAGAUCUGUGAACGAUACCCUGUCUUUGUGGAAAAAGUCUUUGAAAUGGCAGAAAGUCAUGAUCCGACCAUGAUUGGAGUGGCCGUGGAUACGCUGGGGAUCCUGGGAUCAAACGUGGAAGGCAAACAGGUUUUACAGAAAACAAGGAGUAGGUUCCAGACCCUGUUAAACAGAAUAGGGCACCAGGCAAAGAAUGCCCCGACGGAGUUACGGCUUCGAUGCUUGGACGCAAUUUCAUCGCUUCUUUACCUGCCUCCGGAGCAGCAGACAGAAGACCUUUUAAGAAUGACUGAAUCGUGGUUCACGUCCUUGUCUAGCCAGCCACUGGAACUCUUCCGGAGCAUCAGUACUCAGCCAUUCCCUGAUCUCCACUGUGGGGCUUUGCGGGUGUUUACAGCUAUUGCAAAUCAACCAUGGGCCCAGAAGCUGAUGCUUGACAGUCCAGGGUUUGUGGAGUACAUCGUAGACAGAUCUGUGGAGCCUGACAAAGCUUCGAAAGAUGCCAAAUACGAACUGGUGAAGGCCCUCGUAAACUCGAAAACGAUCACGGAAAUCUUUGGGAAUCAGUAUUUUCUGAGGCUCAGGGCUUACCUGCGUGAAGGCCCUUACUAUGUUAAGGCAGUUUCUACUACAGCCGUGGAAGGAGCAGAGUAA